GAUUCAAACUGACGCUGUUGUGUUGGAAAUCACAUUACUAAUUUUGUUAAUCUGUCCCAUACAUGUACGCAGACCAUAACUCGAAAUUUGAUGACAGUUCUUAUCAAGGACAUGAAGUUGUUGAUUCUGCAGAUGAUUCGGAUGAACCAGUCGAUCCCGAAUUUAUUAAUCUUUUAGAAGAUAUUGAAGGUAAUGAAUAUGAGAACAUUGAUCUGUACUCUGUAUUGGGCGUUGACAAAAAUGCAUCGGCGGCUGAUCUACGCAUGGCAUACAAACGUCUUUCCCUGUUGUUCCAUCCGGAUAAGCAUUCUAUUUCUACACCAGAAGAUAAGGAGAAAAUAACCUCAAAUUCAUCUGAUGCAGUGGCUGCAUUCAGUCAAAUUGCUUCAGCUUAUGCGAUUUUAAGCAAUCCUGAACAACGUGCUAUUUAUGAUAGUUUUGGUUAUAGAGAACUCAGCCUGAUGUAACGCCGUAUUUUCCUCAGUCUUUCAUCCAGAAUUAUCGAACGAUUUCAAAAAAAUUUUAGGUGGUUUUAUUUCCUGUUAGUCAUUGUUAUGGAUUAUAUAAAUCAAAACGCUACAAUCAACCUAUUUUACAACACGUUAUAGGGUUGCAAAUGCAGGGGUGGCAAAUCGCGAGUUUUCAAAAAUCAGCACCUGAACUUCGUUUGGAAUAUCUUCUUUUGAAAGAAAAAGCUCGAGUUUCAAAGCAACUUCAAUUGACACAACCAACCUCAGAAUUUUCUCUUGGUUUGGAUUUAACGGAUGUUUUUGAUCGUUAUUUGAAGGAGCCACCAGAGGACCGUUCAUUGGUUCCAAUUCCAUCAAUUUAUGAGCUUUCCGUUGCUCAAUCUAUCAAUGCUGGUAUCAGCAUUAAAAACUCAGUAAGUUUAGCUGGCCAGGUGACAGCCCAUAAUGGUGUAGGGAUAGGGACAUUUCUUGCUAUAUGGCGACAUCACUGCUCCAGAAAGUCAAUUUUCGGUCCAACUACAAUCGAUACGGAGUUUUCCUACGGUCGCGCUGGUCGUGGAUUGAGUACUGGUAUACGAGCAAGGAGAACUUUUGGACAGCGUAUCCAGGGUAGUUUAGGUUUAUCUUUAGCUAGUUUAUAUGAAAGAUCUCCCAAGUCGAGUAUAAAUCUAAUCCCUGGUAUUUCUGCUGGUGUAAAUAUCCAGUUGUUAUCUCAUGUACAUGCACACUUGGAGUUACGUUGUCUCAUGAAUCCAGGUAUAUCGAGUGAAUUGUUUUUUACGUCUGCUGACGGUGAUUAUAAUGCCCGAAUUUCAAGUAAACUGAAUGCAUCUGGUUAUGCAAGCCUUUCCCUGUUACUGGAAAAGUCCGUCUCAUGGACUUGGCUAAAUCCACCUCGAGGAUCUGGUGUAAUUGAUAAAGAAAAUGUUCCUGGACAUGAUUGUGACUGGGCAGAUUCAGAUAAUUAUGAUUUCGAACAACAGCGACGCGGUAAAGGCAAUAUAUCGUGCAUCAUUGGUGUUAACACUACAGACAUUUGUGAAUUCACUCUAGGUGCACAAUGUCAAAUUUCCGCUCAUUCUAGAAUCUCAGGUCAGAUUCGUCUAAGCAUUCAAAAAGGUGUAACUGUUAAACUCAGUCUUUUACGAGGUACUCAGACAUAUUCUUUUCCUUUUAUUUUAUCUGAUCACCCUGACAGAGUUGCUUUUGGUUACGGUUUAAUUUUCCCCAUACUUGCAUUUUCGGCUAUUCGCAUGUUGGUCUAUGAACCUUAUCUAUCACGUCAGUUAAAACUUGCCCAAAAGUUUCGAAGAACUAAACUGCGCGAAGAACUGAACAGAAAACGCCGUGAAGCACUGUCCACUCAGGAACUUAUGAGGAGAGCUGCAUCACGAAGUAAACGGAAUGAACUGUCUAUUUCUGGCCUUAUCAUCGAUCAGGCAAUAUAUGGUUGCCUUUCAUCAACCUCUGAUCCCUCUACUUUAUCUGAUGCAGGUGGUCCACUUACAUUUGAUGUGACUAUACCCCUUCAGGCUAUGAUAGAAAAAAGUCACUUACGCUUACCACCUGGUCGGUGGUGUGAUUUCCAAGGUUUCUAUGACCCCUGUGUUGGUUUAUUAGAAAAUCCACGUCAACUUCGUGUGUCAUAUACUUUCCAUGAUUUCCCUCACGAAGUCACUGUCAAUGAAAAUCAAGGUCUAGCUAUCCCAAUGUCCAAGCAUAAAGUUGAAAUUCCUUAAUUCAUGUAAAAUUAUCUCCGAGUUGUCUUUCAAAUUAGUUAACAUAUUAUUUCCACCGUGCAACCUUUCGUAGUAACCUUGUUGUACUUCACUGUUGCACGUUGUUGUCAUUACUUUAUUGUAAUCCUAUCUUUUUCAUUUUGUUUGGAAAUUGAGCACAACAAUUUAUUUGGUCCUUGCAUUCUGAAAGCAUUUAAUCCCAGUGAUUACCUCUGUUGAUCCUGAUUGUAGAUAAAGUAAUUUUAUUCUGAAUAUAUUUUCCCAGUUCAUUAUAAUGAAGUUGCACAUCUUUUGAUUCAUGCUUUUGGUAGUUAGUUUUACAGUUAUUAGAGAAUGUUCAUAGAUAAAAACAACACCUAAUCCUGUUUAAGAUUUCUUUAAUUUUCUUCAUGGAUUGCUAUGGUUGUUUUAGAGUAGAAAUUAGUCACGCACUCCGACCUUGGGUUUAAAUAACCUAAUGAUUAUAAGCUUCGUGUUCUCUAACAAGAUGUCGCUAAGAGCCCAAGGAAACUGCUUGCACUCAAAAGUUCUACUGGAUACUUGUUAGCAGUUUUUUUAUUAAGCUCUCUUUAUACAAAUUUUGAUCAAUUUCAUUUUUGAUUUGUAAGAAAGGGAUAAAUUUAUCACAAUCGUAGUAGAAUCAAGAUCUGCACUUUCGCUGCCUGACUAGAGCUCGGUAGAAAUGAGCCGCUAAGGAAAAUUUGUUAACUCAAUAACAAGAAUAAAGUAUCCAAAUGCGCUAAACAGUUCCGAUGUUUAGUAGUUCAGUUAAAUGGUCUGAUCACAAGCAGAACUCCCUUUGAUCAACUUGGACAGUAAAGUGUGACAUAGUCCCGAUCAACUUUGUCUUCUCAUCCUAUUGUCUAAAAUAUGCAGCAGCCAUCAUUAUUUUUAAAUAAAGUUAUUCA